GUGAUAUCUGCCAUCGGCAGCAUCGGCUCGGCUGAUGAUGAACAAGGGAACGGAGCCACCAACGAAGCUGCAGUUGCAUCAGCAGCAAAAGCUGGAGUGAAGCGCUUCGUCCUAGUGUCUGCGAGCAAGGAUGUUGGUGAAGCUGGAGUUGAUGCCAUUUUCGGACCGUAUGUCAAGGGCAAGCAGCGUGCUGAAGCAGCAGUGAAAGCCAGAUAUUCCGACAGCAGCCUUGUUCUGCAGCCGAGCUUUAUUUAUGGCGGCGAUGAAUUCAGUGCUACACCGCCGCGGGUGGCUGGAUGGUAUGGCGAGAAGGUGGAGAACCUCUUGGCUACAGACCUGUUCAGAGCAGCCGCUUCCGCAUCGCCUGCCUUCCUGCGACUCGCGCUCUCACCACCACUUGCUGUCGAUGAUGUCGCGAAGGCAGCAGUGGCCGGCGCUGCUGGGCGUGCGACCGGAACUUUGGAAAGUCAUGAUGCCAUCGUGGCAGCCCGCUAA